UUUGUCUCCUCCAACCCCCUUUCUCCAGCUUUCUCUCUCUCCGGCGAUUACAGUCCUCUUCUCCUCGGGGUUAUUCCUCAAUGAAAUUUCAGGACUUCAAUUGAGCUUCAGAGAUCAUCUCUUGCUCCUAAUACUGCAUGGAUUUAAUCUGAUCAAGAAGAAGAAGAACGUUUGGUGGUUUCCAGUACUAUCUUUGGAGGAAUACCCAACAUGAAAAUGUACAAAUUGAGAAUUUAGCUCACAAUACUUCGUCUCUGACUGGUGUUUCAUGCACAUAAUAUGUUGGAUUGUUUAGCGGGAAAUGCAAGUCGGUGGUGUACCUGGUGCCUUUUCUUCUGGUUCUUUGUGAGUCUGAGGUUUCAUAGAUUUUUGGUGACUAUUCGGAAUUGGAUUUAAGCAUUCUGUUUAGUGAAGUUUUAUUAAUGGAGGGGAAUAAGGUUCCCAAUCUUCAUCAUAGUCCUCGGAUCCCCUGGAAAGCUCAAGUUAGGGAACCUGUGUGUGGAGUAAAUGUAAAUGAAAGCAAAAGGCAAAGUCAAGGUGAAAUGGAUGCACAGCGAAGGGAAGAUCAAUUGGUGCAGCGUCGUAUUCUAGAUAAAGUGAAACGCAGUUUAAUGACCGAAGAAGAAAAGGAAGCUGUUCGUGAAAAAAGACGCAAUGCAUAUAUUAGGCGGAAAGUAGCACGCAGUGGAGAUGAAAAGAAAGCUGUGAAAGAAGCAGAAACUAGUGCCGGUCAACCACAUCAAGGUGCCACAAGAAAAGAAGACAAUACUCCAAGUAUUGCAACAGGGGGCAGAGAAGUUUCCAAUCUUCCGCAAAGCCCUAGAAUUUCUGAACAAGCUCAACAUCCAGUGGAUGAAAAAAUUGGCACAGGAAUGAGUACUGAUAUGGAGCCCAAUAAUAUGACGGAAAUAGUAAAAGUCGUUGAACGGGCAUCGUUAUAUCUAAUGUUCUUUCAAACAGCUCCUGAUGAGAAGAGUCGAAGUUGCAAAUUAUGCAACCAAAGCUAUCCUAUUAAAACUGCCUACGGAAAUUUGGGAAGGCAUUUGAAAUAUCGCCAUCCUGGAUAUGAUAAGAUGGGUGAUGUCGUCUCUAGCCCCUUGCCACAACCCAUCACAGCUGUAUCAGAGAGGGCUAAUAAGAUGGGUGAUGUUAUUCCCAGCCCGUUGCCGCAGCUCAUCACAACUGUAAUGGAAUCAACUGAAAAGAAGGAUGAUGCUGUCCCCAGCCCAUCGCCGCAGCUCGUCACAAGUGUAGCUAAGAAAGCUAAUGUGAUGAGUGAUGCCGUCUCCAGCCCAUUGCUUCCGUCAGUCACAACUGUAUCGAAGAGGGAUCAGUUGAAAGUCAAACAUAGUAACAUUACAAAUUUUGAGCUCGAAUCAUGUAACAAAGAGCACACCUCAUAGUCAUUGCAUAGCUUUAUCAAGUGUGAUUACCUGUGAUGCUGAUUUCUAGGUUUCUAAUAGUUUGCCUAAUAUAUUUUUUAGUUGAAGAUUGGCUCGAUUACAUUACCGUUUUCCCUUUAUAAACUUUUCUUUAUUAUUGUAUAUACAUCGUGCUACGUAUAGUAAAAAGAAUUACAUCUCA